UUUUAAUAUAUAGUAUUUUUUAUAUUUAUAUAUAUUUUAUUUAAAUUAUUAUGAAUUAUAUCGGAGAUGAUCAGACGCAGUUUAUAAUUACGAAUAUCCUGAACUCAAGCAAGGAUGUCACGAAGGAUCACAUAUUCGACCAAUUAUACACGUAUUUAUACGGAAUCUCCGAUAAAAACUAUUUUACGAGGCUUAUAAAUAAUCAAAAUGCCAAUUUGGGUUUCUGUACAAACAAAUGGUUACAAGAUUCUGUUGCAAUAAAAUGCUACGAUUGCGAAUACGAUAGUACUUGUGCAGUUUGCUUGGAAUGCUUCUUUAACUCGGACCAUACCUCCCAUGAAUACAGAUUAACGAGGACUUCUGGAGGAUGUUGUGACUGUGGAGAUGCAAGUUCAUGGAAUUUUAAAGGUUCUUGUAAGAACCAUACGCAUUUCGUCGACAACGACGAAAGAACUACACUAGCGUGUUUUACAAACUCCUUUCUGGUCAAACUUGAGAGCUUGCUGACCCAAAUUAUAUACUAUAUAACUGAAUAUUUGAAGAAUAUUCACAUCAUUGAUGAAUACUCGCUUCAAAUACUAAUACUAUUUUUAAACGACUUAGUCAAGGUCAGCUCAUCAUACAGAUUUGCACUGAACCUGUGUCUUUCCAAAGAAGUUCUCAAGGAUUGGAUUCUGAAGCAUCAAAUUCUGAGUAAUGACAUUCAGAAGUCAUUCAACUCUCUGUACUUGACACUUUUGACAUCAAUGGCAUUUAAGAUGAAGUUUGCAACACUAUUUGCUUCUUUGUAUAUUGACAUCGUCCAACCAUUGAAGGAGAUCCCCGACGAAUGGCAUCUGAGUAAUUUAUCGGUCCAGCUCUUUACAUACUCAUCAAUAGCACAUGAGUUAUUUAAAAACUCGUUCCUGAACUAUUGUAUUGAGCCCAUAAUGGACAAAAAUCUGCUCGAUAAGAGAUUAAAUAAGAUACAGUUCACUCGGUUUGAUAGGAAAAAAUUCAGUUUGUACAUAAGGAUUUUGAGUGAUAUCACAUACCUGUUUAACCAUAACUCAGUAUGUGAUAUAGUUCUGUCGGACACAAAUAUACAAAGAACCAUCCUGAGUCUACUGGCGACCCAUAACCAAAUGAACCUCAUUGAAAGGGAAGAGUAUGAACACGUGUCUUAUGAAAAUUCAGGGUAUUCUAUAGCAUUCACAAUUGAACACACAAUACACUCAGCAUUAAAGCCACUAGCGGAUUACUGUAAGAACUUGCCGGAAGAGAGAACUGAUCAAAUACUUAAGUUCUACUUGGUCAUGAAUGAUUUUAUCGCCAGCCACCUUUUAAACGAGAAAAAGCACACUGAUAAAUUAACUAGGUCGUUUCACAUCCCUUUUGUCAGGUUCUUCACAUACUUGGUUGAUUUCAAUUUUGUGAGGAGGUGUUUGAGAUCGCACUUGAACAGAUUUGAGAAGAAAGAUGAAUUUUUAUCAGAAUACCUAGAUAUGCAUUUCCCAGACCUUACGGCAGAUGUUACUGGGGAUUGUGGACUUUUGAACAUGUUUGACAACGACGUCCUGAUUUACAUUUUAAAGAGUGCAAUUGAUGUGCUUAAGUUCUCAAUGGAAAUUAAGCAGAACCUGUGGGUCUAUAACGGAGAGUCAAUGCACGAACAGAGAACAAAUUACUAUGAACUUCUAUUUGAUUCGUAUGAUAUCAGUGCAAUCCACAUCUGCGUGUGUCUCUUGGCCAUGAAAAAUAUAGGGACGGAUUUUGACCUGCUAUCAAAGGUAUUUAACAUUUGCCUGGGAAUAAAUGAGAAUUUAUACGGAAAUAAUCCAAUGAAUGAGGGAGAUAGCGACGAAGAAUUAGGUAAAGGUGAUAGAAAAUUUUUGGAAAAGGGGGUAACUGAAGUUGACACCUCAAGAUCAACAAUAAUCCCAGAAGAUUUAGCAGAUGGUGAUAUAUCAGAAUCAACAAGAUCAGAAGAGGAUGAAUCAACCACAAGUGAUGAGCCAGGAGAUAUGCAGUUCAAGUUAUCGUUCUUCUUCAUGAUCAUGAACACGCUAAUAAACGACAUAAAGCAUACAGAGAUAUUAUCUGUUCCAAAAAAGACUAUGAAGGAAGGGUUUGUUAAAAGAGGACUGCCUUUACUGAAAAUGGAUGUGGUUUAUGCACUAGUUUCGGGAAAUGCAGAGUUCGGAAAGGUUGUAAAUGAGACUAAGAAACAUUGGAAACACCACCCAAUGCUUAUUGAAACAAUUGAGAAUUUGGCAUCCCUAAACUACUCAAAGGUGUCAGAUAAGACAUAUGUGAGAUUAAAGCCAGAGUCAUAUAAGAUGAUUGAUAUUCUGUGGAAUCCACAGUAUCCAAUAACACACUCGGUAUGUAAAAAUUCAUUAAAGGAAAACAUAAGCUUACUUGGCUCAUGCAGUGAAGUCAUGUCGAGAGAGUAUAAUGAGACUCAAAACUUUAUUUUAAAUUCGAUAUCCUGCACUAGCCUCUUCCAUUACAUUUUUGCAUUCAUUUCAAACAUUUGUAAAAUAGAUUUUAAUCUGAAGGACCAGCCGUUUUAUUCACUCCCAGAUUUGUACACUAAACAUUACACACAUUUAAAUGAACACGGAAUAAAAAUAAUAACCUCAAAUGACAUGAAGGAGUAUAGCGAGUGUAUACUAUACUCCCUAAAGAUUUUAAAUUUAUUUCUCACAAAACUACCCCUUCCAACGGUUGAAGUUGGGAAAAUGAUGGUAAACUCACUAGAACUGGUACUCAAGAAUAUGGACGACGAGAUUUAUAAAAAGUGCCUGUCAUACACAAUCCUAAACUUGAAGAGGAUUUACAUGAUAGAUAACAGCAUUUCUGAUUUGUUGUCAGAUGGAAUUAGGAAGGAUGUUAAGCUGAUACAGAGGCAGAUGCUCCAGAGACUUAGUAGCCAAAACACAAUGUUUUCAAAUGAGAUUGAUGAGGAUGAGGAAUUGACAACUGAAACAAAUGAAGAUGACUUAACAUGUAUACUGUGUAAGCAGGUUAUGGACUCUAUGUCGAAUAUGUCGUACAUGACAUUCGUCUCAACAAACAAUGUUCUGAGAAGGUGUUGUACAUCAGUUCAGAGUGGUAAGAACUACAACGUAUACGCAAUGUCUUCAAUGCCCCUUAAAUCUUCAAUAAUGACAACCUGCGGUCACAUAGCUCACACAAAGUGUAUUAACGAGCACAGGAAGAUACAGACGGAUAACCACAUCUUCUCAAUGUAUGGAAUACAAAAGUCCAAAAACGAGUUUUUCUGUCCAGUCUGCAAAUCACUAUGCAAUUAUACUCUUAACAUAACAACAAUAGACAGUGUGCGGAAAAGAAGAGGAUUAUUUAGCAAUGAUACUCUGCAAGUAGUUGACAAGACAUUAAGUCCACACUAUCAAAAUUUCAGCACAGGAUACCUAUCAUCGAUAGACAGAUCGGAGCCAGAAACCCCAGAGUACACCCCGUAUAUGCUAAUAUGUAAGCAGAAUCCAGAUAUAACAUAUAAUUGGUCGUGGAGAUAUCCUUACACAACAAAUUGGAUACCCUCGCCAGUGUACGCAAGCUACGAAGAAUAUCCACUGUAUGUGUAUGGACUUACGACAUUUAUGGAUAGCCUUGACCUCAACUAUUACCUUUGCUCAGAUAACAUGAACGUGCAAGAUGAACAUGCACUUUCAUAUAACAUCUCACUGCCAAAUAUUGAUUGUGACACGUGUUCAGCCCACGAUUUGACAACAAUUGAUAAAAACUUGUGUGGAGGAUUUAAAAAGAGUGAAAAUCAGCUUCUACCAAAACUUAUAUUCCACAACCUUAAUAGGCUAAACAAGAUUGACAUGAUCUUUGAGUACUUUAUGACGAACUUGGAUUGUUAUAGAGAUUGCAGCAUUCACAAAUACAUUACGAUGAACGGAUCCGGGAUGAUUUGUACAGAGUUUUUUCCCAGAGUCUUGACUUCAUCCUAUGCAAUAUCACUGUUCUCAAAGAAUAGAUUAUAUUUUGGAAUUCAGAACUGGAAACACGUAAAUUCAACGGUUAAGCUGGAUCCCAAGUUCUGGGUAUUUUACAAUGAGAUUUUGAAUGUGGCAACUCUGAGAAAGAAUACCCUGAAUAUCCAAAAUCCGUUAUACUCACAGCUUAUUAGAAGUUAUUACUUUAAAGGGCUCAAGAGUUCAACACACUACGCCUUAUUAUCGGAGAGAAACAUCCUGGAGCAUAACAUAGUGCUAGAUGAAACGUACCAUGAUGUGAAGAGUGAGUUCAUAUCAAUCCCACAGUCAUCGCUGUAUUAUGAAAAGUCGUUGUCUGACCAAAUCAACAUGAUUAGAAUCUUCAUAGAAUCGCUGAGUGACUCACACAUGUAUGAGCUUUACGAAAGUUUGAACAUGUUCAGCUCAAUGAGCCUGAAUGAGAUUAAGCACUACAAUUUCGAAAGUGAAAAGUUCUCAUUUUUCGAUAAAGUUCUGAACACAAACCAUGACACUAGCUGGAUCAAGUCACUGAAACCAUUGAAGAAAUACUUUGAACAGGAGAAGGAAAACUCGAAUAUUUACAAACAGAUGGACGGGUCGCCAGUUAAGGACAAGAUAAACAUUUAUAAAAUGUUCGGAAAUGACCUUUUGGUUAAUCCGUGGUCCUGUGACUUCAUGAGAGAUUUCCUGUUAUUCUUCUUUUCAACGAAGUAUUGCGGAAAGGAAACUGUAAUGGAACAUUUGUACUACUAUUUGAUGGUGGGAACUGUCCAGGUUAUGGAUCGGUUUUUGAUUGAGAUUGUUGAGCAAAAUUACGUUGAAUUCAUUGACAAAAGCGCAGAAACUGAUAAAAUCUGUCUAGAAACGAGAAAUAAGAGAGAUUUCCUGAAACUGUUCAGCCAGAGGUUUUUUAGAGAGUUUUAUGAAAAUGCAGAAUUCCCAGUAGAUGUUAUUAGUAGGCUAGAUAUCAUAGACUUUAAUGAGCAUGUUGAUAAGUUCAGGGCCUAUAACGGUUACGUCAGUAGUGAAUAUAAGGAACCGGAUUACAAUUAUCCAAACAAGGAGUUCAGAGUAUUUAAUGAGAUGCUAGAAGAGCUGAUUUCAUACUCUUCAAUGUUAAGGACGAUUCACUAUUCUCACGUGGAGGGAUUUACAGAGACGAUUCCAAAACUUUCAGAACAGUCACCGGAGUAUGAUUAUAAGGAUUUCGACGAUUACCUUGUAAAUCAAGUAACUAAGCUUGUAAAGGUAAGAGAUAUCCAGAAUAACCUGAACAACUACUAUGAUAUGGACGCAAUAAUAGAGACUUUGAAGGAGUAUGUGCCUCAAAAAUCAUGCUCCAAGAGGACACGAAUAGGUAGUUUUGAAGAUAGAGUGAGCAGUUUAGUUGAUGAUAUCUUUGUUGACCCAGUAACUCCAGAGGAGUCACAUACGAACUCAGAGUACCUGUACAGAGGUGUAGAUUUACCAAGAAGAAUUAACAAGUUAUUGUACAAAAAUCACACUAAUACAGCGUUUUUCGAGACGCUCAAACAUCAUAUUCCCGACUCCAUCCACAUUUUGGACUUUUUUGAAAAUGACUUUUUUAAUGAGGUUUCAACUUUAGAGUUUGGUAGCUCAUUUUUUAACACCGUUGAAACACUUUUCAAAUUAGUCGUCGAAUACCUUAAAUCUAAAGGAUACUUAAAGACUACAGAGCAUGAUUUAUUUCCUAAGUUUAAGCAGACGUUAAUGGAGUCUGUGAAUCUAUUCUUGGAUGUUUCAUUCUGGACCAUAAACAGUAUAUUCGCCUACGAAAACGACUUGAGGAACAAGCUGGUGUACUCUAACAUGUAUAACGAGUCUACUAGGUUCGCAGCGACCUUUGAAGCGUUGGGUUUGCAGGAAUUUUGCACGCCAGAACUCACUAACAAAGUUGUGAGAAUGCUGUUUACAGUCACUUACAAGAACCAGAUGAGACUGAACAGGAGCUGUAACAUGGAAGUAACACCUCCAAUAGUUACAAACUACACACUGAUUAAGAUCGACAAGUACCUGGAUGAGUUGAAUUGGGAUAUAAUAAAGUCAACAUCCUUUAGAAACUGUGCAAACUGUGGUUUAAAACCUGCAAAUCCGCUCAUUUGCCUUCUUUGUGGGUCAGUUUUAUGUUCAAAUUCUGAGUGCUGCCAGAAGGUUAAAAUCUCAGACCUCACCAGAUUCAUCUCAGACCUUGACAAGAAGAGCUCAGAGUUCAAGAAGAGUGACGUCUCAAAGGUUUAUCACGAGGAGAUUCUAGCGCACUCAAAUUUAUGUGGAGGUGGCCAGUGCGUCUACUUCUCACCCUACUACUGCUUCGUUCUUUACGUAGAUGAGAGACGCAGGUGUGUAGUACAAUCACUUUACUCUGAUAAGUACGGUAAUAGUGACCUUCACGGCAAAGUUUACGGAACCGUUCGACUUUCACAAACCAGAAUUGAGAAUAUUGUCAACACCUUGUGUUCUGGACGCCUUUCUAAUGAAAUUGUUGCUCAAAGAAAACUCAUGCUAAACUCCUUCAACUAA